GCGGCGUGCUUUGCGGCAGUGUGGCUCCAGGGGCAGCGGCGGAAGAGGAAUCCAGAACCUAACGCUGAGCGUUGAAGUGGCGGUGGGUCUCGGAAAUUAUGGACGUAGGAGAGCUGCUGAACUACCAGCCCAACAGGGGUACAAAACGGCCCCGAGAUGAUGAAGAGGAGGAAUUAAAGACGCGGCGGAAGCAAGCUGGAGCCCGAGAGCGAAAUCGCUAUAGAGAAGAGGAAGGGGUGGCAGUGGAAGAAGCUGAUGAUGACAAGAAGAAACUUCUUCAGAUGAUUGACAAAGAGGGAGAGGAGGAAGAAGAAGAGGAUGAACCACUAGAUGAAAGCUCAGUGAAGAAAAUGAUUCUCACAUUUGAGAAGAGGUCCUAUAAAAACCAAGAGCUACGUAUCAAGUUUCCAGACAAUCCUGAGAAGUUUAUGGAAUCUGAACUGGAUUUAAAUGACAUCAUUCAAGAGAUGCAUGUGGUGGCUACCAUGCCGGACCUCUAUCACUUAUUAGUGGAGCUCAAUGCUGUGCAGUCUCUUCUCGGGCUUCUUGGGCAUGACAAUACAGAUGUGUCUAUAGCUGUGGUUGAUUUGCUGCAGGAAUUAACAGAUAUUGAUACACUCCAUGAGAGUGAAGAGGGAGCGGAGGUGCUCAUUGAUGCUCUGGUGGAUGGUCAGGUGGCAGCUUUGCUUGUUCAGAAUUUAGAGCGACUAGAUGAAUCUGUGAAAGAAGAGGCGGAUGGAGUCCAUAACACGCUGGCUAUUGUAGAAAAUAUGGCUGAGUUCCGACCAGAAAUGUGCACAGAAGCUGCUCAACAGGGCCUCAUGCAGUGGUUGCUGAAGAGACUGAAGGCAAAAAUGCCUUUUGAUGCCAACAAGCUCUACUGCAGUGAGGUGCUAGCCAUUCUGCUCCAGGAUAAUGAUGACAACAGGGAAUUGCUUGGGGAACUGGAUGGAAUCGAUGUGCUUCUUCAGCAGUUAUCUGUAUUUAAACGGCACAAUCCUGGUACAGCAGAAGAGCAGGAAAUGAUGGAGAACUUGUUUGAUUCACUCUGUUCCUGUUUAAUGCUUAGUUCAAAUCGUGAGCGUUUCUUGAAGGGAGAAGGUCUCCAGCUGAUGAAUCUCAUGCUCAGGGAAAAGAAGAUUUCUCGAAGUAGUGCCCUGAAGGUAUUGGAUCAUGCUAUGAUUGGACCUGAGGGCACUGACAACUGCCAUAAAUUUGUUGACAUCUUAGGUUUGCGAACCAUCUUCCCUCUCUUCAUGAAAUCUCCCAAGAAAAUCAAGAAAGUAGGAACCACAGAAAAGGAACAUGAAGAGCAUGUCUGUUCAAUCCUGGCCUCCCUCCUGAGGAAUCUGAGAGGGCAGCAACGAACUCGUCUGCUGAACAAAUUCACAGAAAAUGAUAGUGAAAAGGUUGACAGACUAAUGGAGUUGCAUUUUAAAUACCUGGAUGCAAUGCAAGUGGCUGACAAGAAAAUUGAAGGGGAAAAACAUGACAUGGUGCGACGAGGAGAGAUCAUUGAUGAUGACAUAGAAGAUGAAUUCUAUCUCCGUCGCUUAGAUGCUGGGCUCUUUGUCCUGCAACACAUCUGUUACAUCAUGGCAGAGAUCUGUAAUGCCAGUGUCCCCCAGAUUCGCCAAAGGGUACAUCAGAUCCUGAACAUGCGUGGAAGCUCCAUCAAGAUUGUCCGACACAUCAUUAAAGAAUACGCAGAAAACAUUGGUGAUGGGAAGAACCAGGAAUUCCAGGAGAAUGAACAGAAGCGUAUUCUGGAACUGCUGGAGAAUUUUUAGUCCUAUUCUGCCUUUCCUUUCACCCCUCAGACUGUGAGCUCCAUGUCUGCUUCUGAUCCCUUCAACCUGAAAUGCCUUUUCUAGGACACAAAUUUUAAUUUGGCUUUUGGACACAUUAAAGUUAGUUUUGGUAUUC